CGCCAUGUCCUCGUUUUUCACCACGCCUGCCUCCCAGCGCAAGCGGAAGCGGCCCGACGCCAACUCGACUGUCCCGCGAAAGCGAGCCCCCGCUGCGUCGCAGCCAAGAGCCCCCGCCCGCACCGAGCGCGAAGACUCCAUCACCGAGAGCGAGAGCGAGGACGGCGUGCGCGCCAAUGUCUUCGACGAGGACGACGAUGACUCGGACACGUCCGAUGACGAGGACGAGACGGCCGCCGAGAAGCGCCUGCGGCUCGCCCAGCGCUACCUCGACAACAUCCGCGGCGAGGUCGAGGAAGAGGUCGGCUGGGACGCAGAGCAGAUCGACAAGGACCUGAUUGCAGAGCGGCUGAAGGAGGACGUCGCCGAGAACAAGGGCAAGAUCUACCGCAACAUUGCAGAAAAGCUGGAUUUCGACGGGGCAUCACACGUCUUCGGCAAGUCUGGUCUGCAGAAGGCCAUCACCGGCUGCGCCGUCAAGUUACCGCACGCAUGGACAAUCAGCAAAGAUCUCGUCAUUGAGAAGUGGGAGAUUGCGGAUCCCAAGUCGUAUGCUGCAGACUCGGAGCGCCCCUCGAACAUCACCCCCCGACGGACGCCCAAGAAGCUCUUCUGGAGAAAGGGCGACAAGAACAAGAAGGGCGAGCGGGACUACCUGGGCCACACCGGCGAGAUCCUGUCCAUUGCUGUAUCUGACUCUGGCAAAUACCUGGCGACUGGCGACAGACACGCACGUUUGAUCAUCUGGGACGCUGACACUCUGACCCCCCGCAAGGUAUUCACACGGCAUCGAGAUGCUGUCCUGUCGCUGUCGUUCAGGAGAGGCACCGAGCAGCUCUUCUCUGGAGGAGCAGACCGCGCCGUCAUUGUCUGGAGUGCCCCCGAGUCUGCAUACAUUGAGACACUGGUAGGACACCAGGAUGCCGUGACAGGCAUUGCAGGCGGAGUCGAGGUGAACCAGGAGACCUGUGUCAGUGUCGGCGCACGCGAUCGCACAGCCAGGUUAUGGAAAGUCGUAGAGGAGAACCAGCUGGUCUUCCACGGCGGUGGCACAGCAAGACAGAAGGGUCUCGAGAAGCUGCGCAAGGGUCGCUUUGGAAAGGACGUCUCGUACCUGGACGAGAAAGACGCAGACAAGCAAGCCAACGGUGACGAGGACGACACACCCAUCGCAUACGCCGAAGGUUCUAUUGACUGCGUUGCCCUUCUCGACGCCAGCCUAUUCGUCACAGCCUCGGACAGCGGCGCGUUAGCGCUGUGGUCUGUUCAGAGGAAAAAGCCGCUCUUCACAUACCCGCUCACCCACGGACGCGAUCCGGCACUGCCCGCCGAGGACAUGUCCGCCAACCACGAUGCCGCCGUCUCAGGAAAGAAAGGACCCCGUCUACCACGAUACGUCACCGCUCUUACAACAGUACCCUACGCCGAUCUCAUCCUCACGGCAAGUUGGGACGGCUGGAUACGGGCAUGGCGAGUCGGUGCCGACAAGCGCACCAUCGAGCCAGUCGGAAAGAUCGGCCGAGUCCCGGAAGAGGAGGGCGAGGACGGCAUUCUCAUCCGUGGCAUCGUGAACGGGCUUUCAGUGCAAGAACGGGGAGACCGAGGGAAGGACGGGCUUUGUGUGGUUGCUGCAGUAGGCAAGGAGCCCAGACUAGCCAGGUGGAUGUCAGGGAAGGUCAAGAACGGCAUCUACGUUUUCGAGGUGUCGAGAAAGUCCCUUCACCAGGACGUUGCGGAUGACGAGGAGGUGGAAGAGAAGUAAAAAGCGACUUACUUGCAUUGGAGCGGCGUGCUGCAUUUAGAUACCAAUACCAUUCCGGCAUCUUUUCUGACACAUUACACACAUUGUAUGAAACUACGUGAUGUCUACAUAAUUGUAGUUGAACAACAAAAGAAAGUCAUUCCAAUUUACAUGUUCCUUGCACUCAACUCGAC